AUGAGUUCUGCAGUAAAUGGACAAUUGAUAGACAAGAAAGAAACUGACAACAGCACGAGUCAGGACCAAACAGAACUGCUAGACGAAAUUAAGAAAAUACAUUCUCUGAUAUGUGGAGAUACAGAAUGUCAAAAGGAUGACGCUACACUACUCCUCAAGGAAUCACAACAAGCAUUUUUGGAAAUACUUCAAGAAAUAGAAGGAACUGCGGAGAAGUUUCGAACAUGCACGGAUCAAAGGGAAAAAGAUAACCAGUCACCUAGAUGUGAGAAGGCACGUGCACCUCCUGUGAAAACUUUACUUCAAGAUAUCAAGCAGGACUGGGAAAAGCUGGUGUCAUCGAAAGAGGAUUAUGAACAAAUGGAUGAGAAGAGAACUUCCUGGUAUAAAGACGCGCAGAAGAUCUAUCAACAGAACACAGAAGCAGAUAUCACUAUCCCAGGGAAUUUUAACGAUGAAGAAAAACGUGGACUUCAGAUGUUCAAUAUUCUUUUAAAACAGGAAAUUGAGAAAAGCCGAAGACUUGCGGAGGACAGGGAGAUGCAGAUAAAAAAGGAAGUUGAUAAAGUUAAAAAGAUUGAGAAGGACAAGGAUGAACAGAUUCAAAUGCAUCAGCAAGAAAUUUAUAAUCUCAAACAAGUGUUGAAGGAAGAACGUUGCAGGCAAAAUAGGAAUAUGAAUGCUCUCAAGAACGAAAUAGACACUGAACGUAGCAGAGGGAUGAAUCAACAUACGAAUUAUAAAAGGAUGGAGGAAGAGGCGAAUGUUUUACGUCGAAGGCUUAGCAAGGUGGCUGGUGCAAAACUGACUGAUGGGAAUCCGAACAUAACUGAUCUCAAUGAUCCGAACAGACCAAUGAACCUUGGGGAAAGAUUCCGUGAACUCAACGACAAUGAGUGGACAGAUGCCUUUCUGUUGUUAACAGAGGGAGAGGGAACAGCAAUGAUACCAGUGAAACCAAAGGAGGCUAUAUCAUUGUUGCUAGACAUUGUGAAGAAAUGUUACACGGAAUGCGUCAGACUUGCUGACCUUCAAUGGGAACGUUUGGCCAAAGUUCUUACACAGACAACAACAGAGGAAGAAAAUAAAACGCUGAAAGCAAUUGGAUUCCAAGAAGUCGAAAUCAAAGAUUUGAAAAACCUUCGAAAGAGGGCCUCUUCAUCAGCGUCAGAAAACAUCGUAACGCAGGUGAACAAGGUCCUUAUCGAAUAUGUAGGAGACGAACCGCUGAUGCAGCAUCUGAAAAAAUUCACUGAGGGGUGCAUUCGCGUAUCAUGGGAUAUGGCCGUACAGGAUCCCCCAGUGUACAUGUAUUGGAACUUGAAAAAAGGAGAUCCUCCCAGCGAAAGAUUUAAAUCCUAUACACAAAAUGGCAGUAAAGUCAAAUAUGUCGUUUGGCCCUGUCUCCUUCUACACGAAGGCGGCCCAUUACUGAGCAAGGGCAUCUGCCAAAUGUACAAAUAA